AUGGAACUUGGAGAAACCAUGCUUGGAUAUUGGAAGGAGUGGUACGAACGUGCCACCUUGGGAACUUAUAGUGAAGAGUUCCCUGCGUACGACGUGGCGAUCCCCUUUCAGGGUCGCUACGGCUCGGACGUUCGCGCCCCACCGUCUGACCCAGACGGCGCGGUAGUGCAACACGUCCCCGACCUACGCAAAAUACUAAUAACCAACUCACGAAUGCUUGUGUCACGGAAGCGUGGACGCAAUAUGUUCGACCUUGCUAGUUCUUGGAAAAAGCAGGUUCUCCAGAAGAUGGAUGAAGCAGAGACCUCGGCGUUCGGAAAGCCGAAGACCUACACCACCACCUCGCUUGCGGGGCGGCCGCGUGCAAGGUCGUUCGACUACGCCGAGUGGGAAGCCAAAAUGAAGCGACCCAAACAAUCUCUGCCGCGCGCCGCCGAAAGCGACAGCGAAGACGACCUAGUCGUGCUCCCUCCCGGCCUAGAUGUACCACAUCGACGGGCAGGAUCGGACACAUGCAAGGGCCUCGGGUUGAACCGUACCUCGCACCCCUUCGGGACGGAACGAGCGACCUUUAGCCCGUACCGCAUGCGCUCCAAACUUCUCUUCGCAUCUUCGUCCAUGAAGAUACACUUGCUAUCUCACUCAGACCGAGACAACCCUAACUCCUAA